UACCCAUUCCACGUUUUCUUAAUUCUCGCUAAUGAAUUUUGCGAAAGAUUUUCCUUCUAUGGAAUGCGAGCUAUCUUAGUCAUUUUUCUAUGGAAAGCCUUAAACUACGAGAAAGAAGCGGCGACGGCGAUUUACCACACAUUUAUUGUUCUUUGUUAUUUCUCGCCUGUCAUUGGGGCAAUGAUUGCUGACGGCUGGUUGGGGAAAUAUAGUACCAUCUUGUACGUCUCCAUCUUCUACGCUCUGGGAAACAUCGUAAUGACAUUAUCGGCUUUCCCCAUUAACGGCCAUUACACCAACUGGCUGGCCUUCGUGGCCUUGGUGGUCAUUGGCUUCGGAACUGGUGGAAUAAAACCGUGCGUCUCGUCAUUCGGCGGUGACCAAUUCACAGAUAACCAGGUUAGAGAAAAAGAAUCAUUCUUUUCCUUGUUCUACCUCUCAAUCAACAUCGGCAGUUUGAUAUCAACCAUCCUCAUACCGUAUAUCAGAGGCAACGUAUAUUGCUUUGAAGACAGUUGCUACUCAUUAUGUUUCGGUAUUCCCGCUAUUCUCAUGAUAUCUGCUGUCGUGGUGUUCAGUUUCGGCACAAAGCGAUACACGAGGCACCCGGCCGGAGAGAGCAUUCUGAUGAAGUUUGCCGGUUGCAUCGUGAAAGCCCUGGGUCAGAAAUGUUGCUGUGGUUUGAAGAGGGGCAGCAAAAAUGAUGAUGAUAUUGUGAAGAAGAACCAUUGGUUGGACUAUGCUGCUCCUGAUUAUGAUCAAUCCUUCAUAAAUGAUGUCAAAGACGUGGUGAAAGUAGCCUGGCUCUUCAUUCCAUUGCCAGUCUUCUGGGCAUUGUUCGAUCAGCAGGGCUCCAAAUGGACACUUCAGGCCCAACAGAUGAAUGGAGAGAUGAGCGGAUUUGUUGUCUUGCCAGACAUGAUAAGUUUUCUGAACCCCAGUCUGGUUGUGAUGGUUGUGCCAUUGUUGGAGUACCUGGUCUAUCCGUGCUUCGAGAAAAUGCGUAUUCCUCUCAGACCCUUGCAGAAAAUGUCGCUUGGGAUGUUUCUCGCCGCGGUUGCCUUCCUCAUGACUGGCUUCUUACAGAUCGCCAUCAACACCGACCAACCAGUGGCACUAUCUGCGAACGAAACAAAGUAUCAGAUCGUCAACACCAGCCCUCGAAGUAUCAACGUCUCCGCCACCUACAUUGGCUACUACAAAAGCAGCAGCAGUAGCAGCAGCAGUAGUAACGGAAGUAGCAGCACAAUCUUUUUUGUUCCACCGUUGAAUGUUAGUAUCGGUUCAACGAACGAACUGAGAUAUACAUACGCACCAUCCGGCCAUUAUAGAUUCACCGUCAACUGGAUCGAUGGGAGUUUGAGUAAAAGUAGUUUAGCUGACAAUGAAACGAUGAAUGGGAAUAAUCACAACAAUAUUAACAAAGAACUGAUGACUGUGACGGAUUUUUACUUUGAGGAAUUGACAGCCUAUCAGAUUUUCGUCACGUCUGAUAUGGAAGUUGUAUCGAGCGUCAUCAAAUCAAAGAACGGGCCUCUCUACAUUCUAGUGCUCGCUAACAAUGAUAAAAAUGAGGUUCCUUCAUUGGUUGACUACAUCACGGAGAUUCCGGCCUGGUCGAUAAAUAUCUUCAUGCAAGCCCCACAGUAUGUCGUUAUAACCGUCGGUGAGUGCCUCUUUUCAGUUACGGGGCUCUCCUUCACCUACACACAGGCACCGGCUUCGAUGAAAUCGAUUCUGACCUCCAUCUGGCUCUUAACAGUUGGAGUGGGCAACGUCAUCAUCAUCAUCGUGCAAGGUGCUUCUGGAAUGAUCAGUCAGGUCUUGGAGUUUUUCUUGUUCUCCUGUUUGAUGCUGGUGACGACGAUCAUCUUCAUCAUCAUGAGUUACUCAUACGUCUACGUAACUAACAAACAGCAAACAACAAAUGUUCCUAAUAGUGUCGAUGAAAACACGAACAGCACUGCUGAUGAUGUUGAAGAUGAUAGGAUGAAAAAAAUUAGCCUCGAUGCAAAAAAUGGCGACGUUGGCAAGUUCAAAGGUUACGGAGCUACUGAACUUUAG